ACGUGCAUUAUCUGUGAUUGCGCGUGCACGAGCGUUGCGGUUUGCUCGGCGCGCACGGAAGCUGCUCGCGUGCACGCGCAGUCUCAACAUUACCAUCAUCACCGGCGACGACAGAAGCGAAUUCGAACAUAACCACAAGGAUGUACACGAACAUAAUGUCGGUGGCACCGGUACGGAGUAGAAAACAUCUGCUGUCCGUCUGAGAGCGCUCAUCCGCGGCAUGCCUCGUCGACGCCUCCCCGGUCAAAGACGCCGAACCGUGGAGCCCGACCACGUAGAUUCAUCCAUGAACCCCGAUGGAGCAUCUUCACUAAAAUCACCAUUUAUCAUCUUGUUUCCUUGCUGCAUCCCCACGCUCGCCGUACCGAGUUCUCCUCGUGUUCUGCUAGUGGCCGGAACCCGAACCCGCCCUGGCUGUCCAUGGCUGUACUGAGAAGAUGGAGGCUUCUGCUGGUGCUCAACGUGCUCGCGGUGGCCGGCAUCAUGACGCUGUGGAGCCGCUGUAGCAGCGCGCGCAAGCCAACGGUCCGCGUGGACGCUCCGGAGGGUUGGGACGCUGCGGACGCCGAGCGCAGGAGGCCAGGCCGGGCCAACGGAACCGCCACCGUCAGCCACCAAGUGCUACUCGACAGGCUCAGCUCGUUGGAGGACGUCGUGUACCGACAGUUGAACGGUCUGUCCAAAUCUUUGGGCCUUAUCGAGGGUUUCGGGGGCUGGGGAGCCGGUGGCCUGGCCGCCAGCCUUUCUCCGGGUGAGGUGAGCGAGGCCAAGUACUUGAGGGACAAAUACGGCUACAACGCCUACCUGAGCAACACCAUCUCUCUGGACCGAACCAUACCAGACUACAGACCCGGCAGUUGCAGAAAUGUCAGCCACCUACGAGAUCUCCCCCAGAUGGCCUUGGUCUUCAUCUUCGUCAACGAGGCCCUGUCCGUCAUCCUACGCUCGGUCCACUCGGCUGUCAAUCACACGCCGGCCCACCUGCUCAAAGAAAUAAUCCUGGUGGAUGACCACAGCGACGACGAGCAGCUGAAAGGACCUCUUGAGGACUACGUGAAGAGGCGGUACCCCGGUCUGGUCAAGAUCGUCAGGAACCACAAGAGGGAGGGUCUGAUCCGGGCCAGGAUCGAGGGCUGGAAGGCGGCCAGUGCUGAGGUGACGGGAUUUUUUGAUGCCCACGUGGAGUUCACACCCUUCUGGGCUGAGCCGGUAUUGGCCCGAAUCAAGGAGGACCGCAGGAGGAUUAUACUGCCGUCCAUCGACAACAUCAAGCAUGACACCUUCGAGGUCGAGCGUUACGAGAAUUCAGGUCACGGCUACAGCUGGGAGCUGUGGUGCAUGUACAUCAACCCACCAAAACAGUGGUGGGACGAUGGCGACGUGACGGCGCCGAUCAGGAGUCCCGCCAUGAUUGGCUGCUCCUUCGUGGCCAAUCGUCUCUUCUUUGGCGAACUCGGGCUGCUGGACCCUGGCAUGGACGUCUACGGCGGGGAGAACAUCGAACUGGGCAUCAGGGUGUGGAUGUGCGGAGGCAGCAUGGAGGUGCUGCCGUGCUCCCGCGUGGCUCACAUCGCCCGCGUGAAGAAGCCCUACAACAGCAACAUCGCUUUCUACAUGCGCCGCAAUGCCCUGCGUGUGGCUGAGGUCUGGAUGGACCACUUCAAGUCCAACGUCUACCUGGCCUGGAAUAUCCCCAUGGAGAAUCACGGCAUCGACUUUGGUGACAUCUCUGAGAGGGUGGCGCUCAGGAAGAGUCUGCAGUGUAAGAAUUUCCAGUGGUACCUGGACAACGUUUACCCUGAGAUGAGGACGUAUGGCAACACACUCUACUAUGGUGAGAUGCGCAACUCGAAAGCAAGCCACCUGUGUUUGGACCAGGGUAUGAGGGAGAACCACACGGCCACCCUGCACCCAUGCCAUGGGUGGGGUCCCCAGAUAGGACGUUACACCAAAGAGGGUCAUCUGUACCUGGGCCCACUGGGCAGCACCGGGGAGGACACUCGCUGUGUGGCGGACGAUCCUGCCACCCAAUUCCCGCAACUCCUGGAUUGCGACAAAGACAAGGACGAACACCGCACCAAGUGGAUUUUCACUCAGGGUGAUUCCAUGAUAAACUCGGCCUCGGGCCGCUGCUUGGAGGUGGUGCCCGCCAAAGUGUACUUGGGCCACCAGGUGGUGCUGCAGUCCUGCUCCGGACAGCGGUGGACCAUAAAGAACACCAUGAAGGAUAUUGCAGUGUAUGUUUAGCAGGGUCACUGCGGCUUCACACAUUCAGAUGAUGACUGGGGAUCCGUGGGGACGUCGGGGCCAGGCUCCGGGCCAGUGAUGAUCGCCUCAGAUAUUUAAGUUGGGCAAAUACGCCAGGCGACUUCUACGAGGACAGUGAGCUGGGGAAAACUUGAAACUACACGGCUUAUGAUUUGGAAGCAGGUUUUUGGAGACUAGCAUUCCCUAAACUUUUUGGGGGACUCCGAUGAGUUUCAAGUAUAGACAUAUUUUGACAAACCGCAAUAGGAGUAAUAAUAAUAAUCACAAAUAAAAACUAUUGAUUAAAAAUACAACUUAACAUUUGACUGAAUCUUCAAAAAGCUUGAGGGUCAUCUUGGGGGCUUCUUUUUUUUUUUUUAUGCAGGGUGCUUGGGCUCCAUGCGCCGGAGCACUUUUGAUAGCUUCACUGCCUCAUUUGCAAGCCUCUCGCGACAUAUUAUGCAAAGCGGGUUUGGUGCGUGCCAUUCAAACAGCAAUAAACCCGUCCAGUAUGACUGCCAGUAUUGUUUCAUUGUUUGGCCUGUUCCCAUUUUUUAAAAAGCUCUCCAAACACAUUUGGUUUGUUUUUUUUCUCACGUUGUUGCAAGCUUGGGGACUUACUUUGUUCCGUGUCGCAUGACAAAGAGAAGCAGUGUGACAAACACAGAGGAAGGACCUGAUUUUCAAAAUAAUACUGUUUUCAGACUCUUAUGUUGAAUAAAAUACUUUUUGUUCA